UAGCCUACAACAACGGCAACUCCUUCGUUAUAAUAACCAAGCAGACUGCCAGCCGUUAUUCCAAAACUGCUGAGCGCUGCAAGCACUAAGCUACUAACCACGCUAUCUAACGGGCGACCGACACCGUUCCGUUUUUAUGAAAAAAAAAGAGGAAACCUCUUUGAAAAUCUUCUGCACAGAUUCGAUCGAAUCUAUGUUUGAUAUUUCUCGCGUUGUAUUGCGUUGGGUGUCUGAAUGGAUGCUGAAAGCCAUAACAGGUUCUAGCUGACCGGUAUCGGGAAUUUUGGGUCUUUCCAUUGUUUGACAGUGCAUGCGUGCCCAGCACACGGUCACAAGCCAACACAGACUGCUCAACUGGACUCCAACUGGUAUCUAUAUUCUCGGCGCUUUUACCGGCUCUAUCUUCAAGUAGCCUACCGGUUGGAUGUUCUAAGCUAUCCGGCUUUUAAGACUUAUCUUUAGCAUAAUUCAUACGCUUGGACCUACACCUGGUCACGCGCCAAUCAAUAUGGAUUUCAUACAAGUUUUUUCGUUAUUUUUUCUCUAUGCUGUCCCGUUGUCUGCAGACAACGGGAACAGCAAAGCUCGGAGCUGCUCGGAAGUAAGACAGUUCUACACCGGGAAAGGUUUUACCCUGAGCGGGGUGCCACAGACUGAGAUCUCCGGGGAGCACCUGCGCGUCUGUCCCCAGGGCUACACCUGCUGUACCAGUGCCAUGGAGGAGACCUUGUCGAACCUGAGCCGCCGAGAGUUCGAGGGUCUGGUCAGGGAGGCCGGGCGCUCGCUACAGGCCACCCUCAACGCCCAGUACCGCAGCUUUGACACCUACUUCACAGAGCUGCUCAGUCGCUCUGAGCGCUCCCUGCAGGAAUCCCUCCUGGCCAGCUUGGGGUUGCUCUACUCCCAGAACGCCCACAUCUUCCAGGACCUCUACGCCGACCUGCGGCGCUACUACCGAGGCUCCGCCCUCAACCUCGACGAGACGCUCAACGAGUUCUGGGCCCGCCUCCUGGAGCGCCUGUUCAAGAGCGUUGUCUCCUCCGAGUACGCCUUGUCGGAGGACUACCUGGACUGCGUGUCUAAGCACGCGGAGACGCUGCGCCCGUUCGGCGACGUGCCCCGCGACCUCAAGGCCAAGGUCACCGUGACCUUGGUGACGUCGCGCUCCUUCGUCCAGGGGCUGACCGUCGCCGGGGACGUGGUCCGCAAGGUGUCCCAGGUCCCUCUGAGCCCAGAGUGCACCCGCGCCAUGAUGAAGCUGAUGUACUGUCCUCACUGCAGGGGCCUGGCGUCGGUCAAGCCCUGUGCCAACUACUGCAGCAACGUGAUGAAGGGCUGCCUCGCCAACCAGGCCGACCUGGACUCAGAGUGGCAGAACCUCGUGGACACCAUGCUGCAGGUGGGGUCCAGCUUCAGUGCAGAGCCCAGCAUAGACGUAGUGAUCUCCUCCAUCCCCCUGCGCCUGUCCGAGGCUAUCGCCUCCCUGCAGGAGAACCUGCAGGCCUUCACUGUCAAGGUGUUCCAGACGUGCGGGGCCCCCAGCGUGGCUGGGACCAGCAGCUCGGCCUUGGAGGAGCAGAAGAAGACGGUGAAGCCCCUCACUGCCCAGGAGAACAGACCCAGCCCCACCACCGGGGUCCGGCUGGAGAUGCAGAUCUCAGAUGUGUCCAGUAAGCUGAGGGAGAUGCAGCAGUACUGGGUUCAGCUGCCACAAGCUCUGUGCGUCGGCAAAGUAGCAGCCGGCAACGCCAACGAAGACAAAUGCUGGAACGGCAUGGCCAAGGCCAGGUACCUCCCAGAAGUAUUGGGCGAUGGUUUGGCCAAUCAGAUUAACAACCCGGAGGUGGAAAUUGACAUCACCAAGCCAGACAUGACUAUCCGCCAGCAGAUCAUGCAGCUGAAGAUCAUGACCAACCGGCUGAGGAACGCUCUCAAUGGCAACGAUGUGGACUUCCAGGACACUAGUGAGGACGUCAGCGGAUCAGGAAGUGGGAUGUGUGCGGGCGACUUGUGUGUCCGGGCCGGUCCUCGCGCUGUCGGGCCCAAGUCAGUCCAACCCAAACAGUACGCUUACCCCCCGGAGAAGAAGGUCAGAAGUGUGGCCGCGCAGUCCCGCCCCUGCACCCUUCUACUUGUGCUCUCAUUGGCCACACUGCUGCUUAGGCGGUAAUGGACAGGAGUUGCCACCAAUCAGACUGUGUUUUGAAGUAAAGCUUGGGCGACGGGCAUGUAUGUAGGGGAAAAAAGGGGCGUGGGGGGGGGGGGGGGUUAGGGGAGGUGACUUCUCCAAAAAGAAAAGACUGUAAAUGACAGAAAGAGGGAGAGGAAAAAAAGAAAAGAAAGUUGAUAUCCUUUGUUUGUUUUUUUUUUGUGGCAAGAAGAGCUAGCCUUCGGCUUAAUGUGUUUUGAAUUGUUCUAUGAUUCCGAGACGAGCGCUGAAUAAAACAAUGUACGUGUCAGGUGCCAUUUUACCGGGCGCCAGCAUCUUAAUGUCGAUCUCAUUCUGAUAUAACGUAAGUGCAGCCUUGAUGUGACGUUCUAACGACAUACUGAGCACAAUGUUUGGACGCCUGUUGUGCGUUUGUAAAGUCUGCUGAGCCGAGCUAUCGUCAGCCCGACAACAGGGACGGGGGGGGGACAAGCCAUCGCCCAGUCGUCCACCAAACGCCACAUUUUGAUUUUUCACGUUUCGAUACAGCCCAGCAGCCUCACAGAACGACGCGAGUCGAGGACGGCGUGAGAGGAGGCGGUUCACCCCUCCGUACCCCUCUCACCCCCACCACCCCCACCCUUGGUACUGGUAGUUCCCAGAAAUGGCUCAGGAGCCCAGGAGCCUGUAUGUGCCUGGUGCUAUGGCUUCUCCUUUCAUCCUGGUCUUCAGAUCUGUAUUAGACCCCCCCCCCCCCCCCCACCCACCCACCCACCCCUAUGAUUGGCAGGUGGGGCACAACUCCAUGAGAGAAGGACUAAAAACACACACACCACACUACUCGCACACACACACACACACACACCUGACCCACAUUCUAUGUUUUGUUUUUUUUGCAUACCAUGCACACGUUUGGACAUCAAGACCUUGGUUCGCAUCGUUCUUCAGGGCUCACUCUUAAAACUUCCAAUAGGCCUG